GUUUCCUGGCUCUCCCGGCGCGUCCCGUGCUACCUGUUGGGGCGCAGAGAACCCACACCCUGGGGCCGAGCCUCGGGCCGGGCGGGCGGGGCAGGCGGCCAGCGGGGCAGCAGGCCCGGCGCCCCGGCUGCUGAUGCCGCCUGGCCGGGAGCAGGAUUGCUUUUUUCCGAGAGGCCGACCUCAGGCCCCCUCCCUCCAUCACUGAAGAGGCAGUAGGAGCCACAGCCGCCUCCUUCCCCCUCCCUGCCGCCUCCUCGGCUGAGCCGGCAGGUUGUCUUGGCAACGGGAGGCGGAGUGGAGAUGCGCCGAGGGAUGGAGGUGUAUGUCACUGAGGAAGCUGCCGUGCUCCUGCCCCACGUCCCAGGCCCUUGAAGGCCCUGUACUCAGUCAGCUGCCUGAAGAGUCACCGAGGGAUGAGGACGCUACCGCCCAGUGGGACGCCCUUUCUGCACUCGCGGCCACGAGCGCGCAGCGACCCGGAGCCUGGCCGAGCCUGACGCCCGGUCGUCUCCCCUCGCACACAAGGAUCUGCGAGUGACCCGACCGGCCAUCUACUGCAUGGAACGGCUGCAGAAGCAACCACUCACCUCCCCUGGGAGCGUGAGCUCCUCCCGAGACUCCAGUGUUCCGGGCUCUCCCUCCAGCAUCGUGGCCAAGAUGGAUAAUCAGGUGUUGGGCUACAAGGACUUGGCCGCCAUCCCCAAGGACAAGGCCAUCCUGGACAUCGAGCGGCCUGACCUUAUGAUUUACGAGCCCCAUUUUACCUAUUCUCUCUUGGAACAUGUGGAGCUGCCCAGGAGCCGGGAGCGUUCUCUGUCACCCAAAUCCACAUCUCCGCCACCUUCCCCAGAGGUGUGGGCAGAGAGCCGGUCCCCUGGAACCAUCUCUCAGGCUUUAGCCCCAAGAACCACUGGGACCCCUCGGACCAGCCUGCCCCAUUUCCACCAUCCCGAGACCACCCGCCCGGACUCCAACAUCUACAAGAAGCCACCCAUCUACAAGCAGAGAGAGGCCAUGGGAGGUAGCCCUCAGAGCAAGCAUCUCAUUGAGGACCUCAUCAUCGAGUCGUCCAAGUUCCCUGCAGCCCAACCCCCCGACCCCAACCAGCCUGCCAAGAUCGAAACCGACUACUGGCCGUGCCCGCCAUCGCUGGCUGUUGUGGAGACAGAAUGGAGGAAGCGGAAGGCAUCACGGAGGGGGGCAGAGGAGGAAGAGGAGGAGGAAGACGAUGACUCCGGGGAGGAGAUUAAGGCUCUCAGGGAGCGUCAGAGGGAGGAACUCAGUAAGGUUACUUCCAACUUGGGAAAGAUGAUCUUGAAAGAAGAGAUGGAAAAGUCAUUGCCUAUCCGGAGGAAAACACGCUCCCUGCCUGACCGGACACCCUUUCAUACCUCCUUGCAAGCGGGAACAUCUAAGUCGUCCUCUCUCCCCGCCUAUGGCAGAACCACCCUGAGCCGGCUACAGUCCACAGACUUCAGCCCAUCUGGGAGUGAGACUGGAAGCCCAGGCCUGCAGAACGGAGAGGGCCAGAGGGGGAGGAUGGACCGGGGGAACUCCCUGCCCUGUGUGCUGGAGCAGAAGAUCUAUCCCUAUGAGAUGCUGGUGGUGACCAAUAAGGGGCGAACCAAAUUGCCUCCAGGUGUGGAUCGGAUGAGGCUUGAGAGGCAUCUGUCGGCGGAGGACUUCUCCAGGGUAUUUGCCAUGUCUCCCGAAGAGUUUAGCAAGCUGGCUCUGUGGAAGCGCAAUGAACUCAAGAAGAAGGCCUCCCUCUUCUGACCGCCCCCACCUCCGAAACUGACCAUCACCCCAGCUGCUUCAGGGCUCCGGAGCAGGAACACUAGACCCCAAAGCAUCAUCUCGUGGGGGAGCAGGGAGGUGGGCCGAGAGGAGGUUGGCUCCAUCGCCCAGGGCGAGACGAGCCCAGGCCUCUCAGUGCUGCAUUGUACGACAUGGAGUUUCUUCCCGUAAUGAGCCGGGCCUCCCCUCAUCCCCGGUCCUUACUGCACAGGGCAAACCCAGGCUGGACUCCAGCACACACAGAGUUAAUGUCUGCAUCCUCUCGCUGCCCCCACCCCAAGAAGAGAGGUCCUCAGAAGAGAGGAGAUGUGAACAUGGCACUUGGGGAUCAGGCCUUUGGAUGUCUUGACCAAUGGCUGGGGGGAACCCUCAGGCCUGGCAGGAAGAGGUAGGGGUGGAGGCACCAGGCAGGCAGGGAGAGCUCCAGGACCCAGUGUCUGCCUAGUUCUCCUUGCCUCACCUUGGAGAGCUUCCUGCACCGGCCUCCCACCUCUCUGACUCCAGCAGGAGCUGGCUCGAGCACAGCCUCCAGCAGGGAGACCGCCUUGCCCUCCAGCUUAUUCUGUUCUCUCCUUGCAAAUCCUAUGCUUUGAAGCCUCUUGCUCAGCCCUGUGGCUUCCCCAGAAGCCUUGGCUUAGAGUGGAGAUGUCGCCUAUACAGAACCCCAGUCCCCCAUAAGCCUCCAGGCAAAGUCAGCUAGAAUCCUACGUUCUGGUACCCAGGUCCUGGGCAGAACCGGGCACCCCUCUGAUGAGAUCAGGAGGCUGUGCUGAAGUGUCUUGGCUACCAGGUCCCGCCCAUACCCCUGCAUCCCCACCACGCCUCUAAAGAACGUAAUUUAUUGGGGCACCCCCAGUUGCUUUCCUUACCUAACUCUCUGCCCUACCUUAAUCACACUCCCAGCUUUCGUUCUCUACAAAUACAUAUAUGUGUACAUAAUUAUAUAUAUUUUUUGGCCCAGACCUGGGUUUUGUUCCUGCCCAGACUCUGGCAUCCCUUUCCACUGUGUGUGUGUGAGUGACGCUGGGGAGGGGAACGCUGCUUGGAAUUAAAAGGUUGCAUUGGGUCCCCAAA